GAGUUAGGCUUUCAUGGUACAGAGUUUGGCUACUGAUUCAGUUUAUCGAAGUCAUAUCAUAUCAAGAGCACACUUUUACGAAACAAAGAAAAUUACGAACUUUGAAGUUUGACACUGAAAAAACAGAGAGUGUGUGUGUGAGUGAGUGAGUGAGUUUGAUCAGAGAGUUAUGGAAACCCAAUCUGAUGGUAACGACGAGAACGCUCUUCCCACCAUUAAAGAAAUGCGUCAAAGCUUAGAAGCUCGCAUACACUCCCACCAUGCCACCCAUCUGGAGCUUCUUUCUGCUCUCCAAGCCCAUGUCGAACCCAAUAUCGUCUCCUCCAUUGAUCUUUCUCUUAAGGUCGUUUCUUCUUUCGAAAAUCGUCCUUUUGUUCCUACUCCCCCACUCCCUCACCCUAAACCCAACCCCAGAAAAACCCUUGAGUCAACUCGCCCUUUAUCCCCUGAAACUCGCUCGAAUCGCCCUGUUUCGGCUGAAGAACCGCGGCCCAGUGGUAAUGUUUCCAAGACCCAGAACCCCAAAACCCCUCCUGGUUCGAACCCAGUUAGGAAUUCGGAGAGCGAGAAGUUUAGCCCCAUUGACGAGAGCGGUAGCCCCUUGUCAGUGGUUCGUUCGAUGGUGGCGGUUUGUCUGAUUGAGAGGGUUCCCUUUUCGCCAAUUGAUUCGUCGACGGUGUUGAGGAAGUUAGAGAAUGACCAGUCUGCGACGCCGUCGGAGAAGGCGGCGCUGCGCGAGCUUGGCGGCGAGUCGGGGGCAAUACUGGCUGUGGAGAUGGCGCUGAGAUCGAUGGCGGAGGAGAAUGGUGGGGUUGAAUUGGAGGAGUUUGUGGUGAGUGGAAAGUCUCGGGUAAUGGUUUUGGCCAUUGACAGGACUCGGCUACUUAAGGAAUUGCCUGAGAGCUGUCAGUACCAGCCACCAGAAUCGAAUUCGCUAGAUGGGAAUGGGAGUCAGAACCAGCAGCAGCAUGUUACUGGUGGGGUUGACGUUAAUGGUGGAGUGUUUGGAAUGACAGGGCCGGGGAGGCCAAUGCCGGACUUGUGGAUGGGGCCAAAUGAUCCCCAUAUGUCCGGGUUUCCCCCAAUGUUUCCGGGGGGUGGACCGCCGGGAGGGAUGAUGGGUCCGAGGGGUGCUCCUAGACUUAUGGGGAUGAUGGGAGUGCCCAGAAUGAGUGUUCCUCCGUUUCAUCGACCUCCAUUGGGUCCCAAUGCUGCUGGCUCGAAUGCAAUACCACAGAAGUCCAGGAGUGAAGAUGAUGAUCUGAAGGAUCUUGAGGCACUUUUGAAUAAGAAGUCUUUCAAAGAAUUGCAGAAAUCAAAAACUGGUGAGGAGCUUUUGGACCUCAUUCAUCGGCCUACUGCAAAGGAAACUGCGGUUGCUGCUAAGUUCAAAACUAAAGGUGGUUCCCAACUGAAAGAAUACUGCUCAUCCCUAACAAAAGAAGACUGCCGACGUCAAUCUGGUUCUUUCGUGGCAUGUGAGAAGGUUCAUUUUCGGCGAAUUAUUGCUCCACAUACUGACAUCAAUUUAGGAGAUUGUUCUUUCCUGGAUACUUGCCGCCACAUGAAGACGUGCAAGUAUGUUCAUUAUGAGCUAGAUCCAACACCAGAUGUGUCACCCAUGAUAAUGGGUGCUUCAACUCUUCCUCCUUCCAAACCUUUAAAGCCUAUGCGUGCAGAAUAUUGUUCACAAGUGGAGCUUGGUGAACCACAAUGGAUCAAUUGUGACAUCCGUAACUUCAGAAUGGACAUUUUAGGGCAAUUUGGAGUUAUAAUGGCAGAUCCACCAUGGGAUAUUCAUAUGGAAUUACCAUAUGGGACUAUGGCUGACGAUGAAAUGCGGAAUCUUAAUGUUCCUGCACUGCAAACUGAUGGUCUGAUUUUUCUUUGGGUUACCGGGCGUGCAAUGGAGCUUGGACGUGAAUGUUUGGAACUCUGGGGAUACAAGCGUGUUGAGGAGAUCAUUUGGGUGAAGACUAAUCAACUUCAGCGAAUCAUUAGAACAGGGAGAACUGGCCAUUGGCUGAAUCAUAGCAAGGAGCAUUGCCUUGUUGGAAUUAAGGGAGAUCCAAUAGUUAACAGGAAUAUCGAUACUGAUGUUAUUGUUGCGGAGGUUAGAGAGACAAGCCGUAAGCCAGAUGAGAUGUAUCCUCUGUUGGAGAGAAUAAGUCCAAGGACGAGAAAGCUAGAGUUAUUUGCUCGCAUGCACAAUACUCAUUCAGGGUGGAUGUCACUCGGCAAUCAGUUGCAAGGAGUUCGCCUGGUCGAUGAAGGCCUGCGAGCAAGGUUUAAGGCCGCUUAUCCGGAGGUGGAAGUUCAGCCUUCUUCUCCACCAAGGGCUUCCACUAUGGAUAUAGACUCUGGUGCAGCUCCUAUGAGGAGUCCAUUCUCCCCAACAGAACCAAAGUCGACCGCUACUCAAUUUACAGAGCCUGCAGCUCCCGGAGCACCCUACUCUGCUGCUUCGGAAGAUAAUAAGCCAAUGGGUGUAGAUGUUGACAUGGCUAGCUGAAGUAAACCACUAGAAAAAUCCACAUUGUCCAGUUUUUGAUGGUCAAUUUCUUGAGCAUGAAAGAGAACCUCUUCAAUAUCAUUAUAUUUGUUUCUACUUUCUAGCUUUCUUUUAUUAAUUUAUUCAUGAAGAGAGAAAGAAGAAAAGGAGAGAUUAGAAAAAAGAAAAAAAAUUGUAUAAGAGUUGCUAUUAGAUGAGGCCUGAUGUAAUACCAUAUUUUUGGUAUAGCAUGUAAAAGAUUUUGAUUUAUUGCCGCUGUUAAUUCCUUGUCCCACACAUA